UAUAAACCAAAACUUAUUUUGAAUGCUAAACAGGAGUGAGCUUACGGCUUGAGAUGUACGCAAAUCAUGGCAAAGAUGUACGGGCGAGAUGUAUACGUCUGAGAUAUAUAUCUCGAGAUAUAUAUCUUAUACGUAAAUCACGGGAAAGGUGUACUCUUGAGAUGUACUUACACCGGGGCGAUUCAUAGUAGGUUUCCAAAAUUCCACUUUUUUGAGAUGUACGGAAAUCAUGGGAAAGAUGUACGGGCUAGAUGUAUACAUCUCGCGCCGUAAAAAUUCCGCGUUUUUGAGUACAACUCUCCCGCGAUUCUGCUCCUGCUAAGGCUUUCGGCAGUACCUCAAAACCCUGAACCAACAGCACAAGCCAAGGACUGCGCUGCAUGGACAAAAAUAUACGAAGAGAGAAGCGCCUCAGCCUGGGGCCAGUCAUCUCAUGAAGAAAAUCCGCGGCGUCUGCGUAUGUGCUACAAAAAGGACCCACAUGCAAACAAAGAAAUGCAAACAGAGGCAAGCACCCAGCAGCUAUACGCUGAGCAAGUUAGCACCUGCGUGCUUUUUGGAUCAGGCGCCUGGGCCUGAGCUGGCUCAAAGGGUCAGACCUUUCAAGCAGGUCAAAAGUAGACAGCGACUUCAUAAAGCUGCGCGCUUUGGAUAAGGAUUUCGAGCUGACUCAAAGGAUGGGGCCGCUCAAGCACGUCAAAAGCAGACAGCAACUUCAUAAAGCUGCGCCUUUUGGAUAAGAAGUCUGAGCUGGCUCAAACUAAAAGGCUGGGACCUUUUAAGCACCUCGAAAGUGGACAGCAAUCCCAUAAGUUUGCGCUUUUAGGAUAAGGAGCCCGAGCGGGCUCAAAGGGUGGGACCUUUCAAGCAGAUCAAAAGUAGACAGCAAUCUCAUAAAGUUGCGCUUUUUGGAUAAGAGGUCUGAGCUGGCUCAGACAAAGGGUGAGACCUUUCAAGCAGGUCAAAAGUAGACAGCAAUCUCGUAGAGUUGUGUUUUUUGGAUAAGGAGCCUGAGCGGCGUCAAAGGGUGAGACCUUUCAAGCAGCUCAAAAGCAGACAGCAACGGUAAAGAGAUGCGCUCUUUGGAUAACAGGUCUGAGCUAAGUCAAAGGGCGACACCUUUCAAGCAGCUCAAAAGGAGGCAGCAACUUCAUAGCGUUGCGCUCUUUGGAUAAGGGGCCCGAGCUGGGUCAAAGGGUGGGACCUUUCAAGCAGGUCAAAAAUAGACAGGAAACGCAUAAAGCCACGCGCUUUGCGUAAGAGGCUGGAGCAGAGUGAAAAGGAGGGACCCUUCAAGCAGGCCAAAAGUAGACGACAGCAAUCGCAUAAAGCUGCGCGCUUCGGAUAGGAUGCCUGAGUGGCCUGAGCUGGGUCAAAAGGUGGGACCUUUCAAGCAGGUCAAAAGUGGGCAGCAAUUUCCUAGAGUUGCGCUCUUUGAGUAAGGCGCCUGACUUGACUGAGUGAAAGCGCGGGACCUUACGAGCAGGCCAAAAGUAGGCAGCAGCUUCAUGAAGUAGAUUGCGCUUUUUGAGCAAGGAGCUUGAGCAAAGAGAGGCAAAAGGCGGGACCUCUCAAGCAAGCCAAGCCAAAAGCAGACAGCAGCCCCAUGGCGUUGCGCUUUUUGGAUAGGAUGCCCGCGCUUGCCUUGGUCAAAAGGUGGGACCUUUCAAGCAGGUCAAAAGUGGGCAGCAAUUCCAUAAAGCUGCGCGCCUUGAAUAACCAAGCUGGCCAGAUCUGGGCCAAAGCGCGAGACCUUUCCAGCAGGUCAAAAGUGGGCAGCAAUUUCAUAGAGUUGCGCCCUUUGAUUGUGAGAGACCUCUGAGCGAGCUGACUGAAAGGCUGGGACCUUUCAAGCAGGUCAAAAGUAGAGAGCAAUAUCAUACCGCUGCGCUUUUUGGGUGGGAGGUUUGAGCAGAGUCAAAAGCCGAGACCUUUCAAGCAGGUCACUCAAAAGUAAGCAGCAACUUCAUAAAGCUGCGCCUUUUGGGUAGGGUGCCUGCGAUGGGUCAGAGGGUGAGACCUUCCCAGCAAGUCAAAAGGGCCAGCAGCUUCACAGCGUUGCGCCGUUUGGGUGAGGGUCUUGAACUGGGCCAAAGGGUGGGACCUCUUAAGCAGCUCACAAGUACGCAGCAACUUCAUCGCGCUGCGCUUUUUGGAUCAGAAAAGAAUGGGCGCAAUCGAGUAAGCCAUAAGUAACCAGCAAGCCCAUAGGCUUGGGCCUGCUUUCUGAUCAGAAAGCUCAAGCGGCUCACAGAUUGCAUCGCCCAAGCACAUGAAAGCCGCACAGCACUGCUCGCGUGGCGUUGUUCUUGUUCACUUAGAUCAAAGCCUUGAGAUGACGCAUGCCCACACCUCUCGAGAAAGCCAGAAGCAGAUAGGGAGGCUAAGCGAUAGAGCGCAACUCGCCGUAAGCUUGGGAGGGUAAAUGGCUCACAGAGAGCAAACGCGAAGCAGAUGAAACGUAGGCAGCAACGCGACACCAUAGAGCUGCGUGAUUUGGAUGGAAAACCCAAAACGGCGCAAAGAGUAAAACCCCGCAAACAGGCCGAGAGUAGAACGGGGCCGCCCCCUAGUUCUCUCCACGGAAAAGGUCCACGGUAGACGUCCUCAUGGUGAGCGGAGUCGGGCGUAGUGCUUCGCCCACUAUGCGGAGAACCGAAAGCGACAAGCCUGGGGCCCCCCUCGUGACACUGCCAUGCCAGCCGGAGACGCAACACACUCCAAGAGUAGGGGACCCACGCCCAAAACCCGGGCCAGGGGGCGCGCGAGGUUCUCACGGUGAGCGGAGUCGACUGCAGUGCUUCGCCCAGCCACUACGCUGAGAACCGAAAUCAGCAGGCCUGGAGUGAUCUGCUCAAGGAUUUGACUCUCGGCGUAUGUAUUUGGUUACCCGUUUGCCUCAUUCGUUCGAAGUAGUUCCUUUUGGGCGUUUCGGGUGCUGCCAGGGUGGGGGUUUAUGUAGCACGUAGUAGCUUGUAGCGCGGAGCUGCUUUGCUUAUUCCACAGCCCGCCACUCUUUACGUAAUUCGUAGCACGCCGGUAGGCCGUAUGGAUUUUAUGUAACUCGUAGCAUUUGCCAGACCCUUCCGCCCUGCCCCGGCGUGUGUACACGCCGGGGGCACGUGGGCGGUAAUUAAUAUGAGCAGCGAAAGUUAGUUGUGUUUUUUAAUGAGAUGAUGUUUAUUAUUGAGUUUGAUGUAAUAAUUUGCGGUUGUAGUUUCGGCACGCUGACGAAGAUUUGAGAAACCACUCUUUCUUGGGUAGGCUACUCUCGAGUACACGAGGGACAAUAAGAGCACCUCCUAGUUGUUUCGUGGUUGCCGCAUUCAAUUUUUAUGUACAAGUACCUAUCGGAAACAAAUCGAAAUCGUUGAAGAUCUAUCAUCAAAUUUAGGCACCAAGCACCUGAGCCUCUCUGCAACUCAUUUAUAUAUGUUCCAGGGCUACGGUGCCCGCCCCUAGCGCAUGGGGGGGCCGGUAGCUCCGGGCCCUUUCGGGAGCCGUCUGCCGGGGGUGGAAGGCUUCAAAAGGGGCCCAAGAGACCCCCUCCGCUCUCUUCCAGCUGCCUGCCCGUACCCUACAUGCCUCCUAUAUGCUUCGACUUUGUUACAGUGCGCCGGAAGGCCUCCGAAGGCGGCAAAAGGCGAGGGGCUGGACCCCCUGAGCCGUGUGGCCUGUGCCCUCCGGACCCCUGGCCAUCAGCUUGCUUGCUCUUGAGACCGUGGGCGCCCUGGGCUGGACCCCCUGAGCCGUGUAGCCUGUACCGUCGUCCAGGCCCUUGGUCAUCGGCUUGCUUGCUCUUGAGACCGUGGCCGCCUUCGGCGGCCUUUUACCCCGGAGACCUCCAGCCUGCGAGGGUCAGCAGAGGCCAGGAGGUGCCUGAGGAACAUGCAGAGAGGCGCAAGGGGACGCCCGCGCCCAUUUUUGACGCCUUCCACCACUAGACUCCGCGCAAAUCAGCGCGGGCGGGCGCCACCGUAGGGCCAGCCGCAGGGGGGGCCCUGCAGCCCUAACUAAAUCAUAUAUCUUAAUCAUUAAGAAAAGCCUAAUGUUGAAGGAGGUUAUUAUAGACAAAGAUUGAUUUUGUUUUUUUAGCAGCUUUGUUUGAAUUUCAAUUUUAGCGUUUCUAGCGUUUUCCCGGUUGGCUUACCUCUGCUGCGACAGAGCGCAGCUGACGGAGAAGCAGGAUGUGGUGAUAAAAAGUUUUCCUGCUCUUACCAAUCUUGGUGAUAAAUCUAGAAAAAUUUUCUGUGAAAUUGGAAUCCUAAAGGUGAUCGUAUCAACAUUAAGCGUCUGCAUACGUAUGACUCUCUUCUGUCAAAUUUAUUUAAUGUCUUGUUGCCGAGGCGGAGGCCUAAGCCCAGCUUAGUGAAGAACAUGUGACUCAUAGAUGCUGUUGCUGAUGCACUUUCCAGCUAAACCUGCUGCAUCAAUGUACUUUUUAGUUAUUUAAGAUUUGUGUAAGACCAUGUCGGAUCAUGCUGGUAAAAGAGACUUCUGAGAAUAUAGACAAAACCGCAGGCCUGAGCGUGUAUAGCAUCAUCAUCAUGCAUCUUCUAACAUCCCAUGGACAAAACUUCGAUUUGUUAUAUCUGCUCGAUGUUUCGUGUUUGUCUUCAAUGGCCACGAGCGCGAUUGCAGGUAUGCUUCCUUCCUGAAAUAACUACUCCGAAGGGACGCGGCAGGUCGAUCUUAUUGCUAUUGGCACCAGCUUGUUCAACAUCUGAACACAUUAUACAACACAAGUAUGUGACUACUGUGAAGUAGUAGGAUGUUGUAAAAAGCAAGACUUUGAGAAAGCAAAAAUUCGAAUGCAUUAUCUUUUUCUUUCCUGUGAACGAGGAAAACUAAAGGAGGACAGUCCGCCGUCUGCAACAAAAAUGCUCGUGGAAUACUGCCGCGGCCCAUUGGAGUCUAGAAGGGUCUCAGACCCGGCUUCGAAAUGUAAAUAAAUAGUAAGGCCCGGUAUUUAACAGACGACAAAAAGAAAAAGAUGGUCUUUAUCAUAGAAAGAAGGGAAGGAAAGCAGGACACCGGCUGUGACAGUGUGGGACCCGGUAUUCCGGUAAGCUAUGCUUGCACGGACGAAGCUGCAGGUGGCUAUGUAACAUCCAAGCUUCGCACUAGUUCGUUGCUACAGUGCCAAUUAUUAGCGAAAAAGUCGGACGCUGAUGCGGAUGCAGAUACGAUGACUCCAAUUCGACACCUGGUCUUUGUACAGAAUGUCUUUGUAAGUAUAUUAGUCUUGAACAGGAGGAAUAGAAAAGUGCAAACCUGGCAUAACCAUAAUGACUUUAUGAUUUAA